GCGUCACGCGUCCAGUAGAAACUUCAGGCUUCUGAGGCGAUUGUGCCAAGACGAGCUGCACUGACCCUCGCGCUUUUCAAGGAGUAUUAUCAAACAAGGAAUUCCCUAAACCUGAUAUAACUGUGAGUUUUAUGCAUCAUUUUUGUUUUUCCGGAUCCUUUCAUGAAGAAGGGACGUGAUGGGACUAAUUUUAUGUGGGAUUGGGAGCCGCAGUUGAGAGCAUGAGCCAGAACGUGCUGUCAUUUCACACACGGAUGGAGGACUGGUAUAUGAGUGACGUUCCCAUCAGCAGGGUCACGUUGCUGCCCACCGUUCUGUCAUCAUGACCACCGGUGAGGACACAGAACCAACCCUGUGGCCAGAUCGGGCCCAAGCCACCCUGACUACACCUGCUCAGGCUGAAGGCCCAUGCCUCGAGGAGGCAGAGGACCUGCCCGGUGGCCUUACUGGAAGUGGCGGAGCAUCUUGGGAGUCCACUGGCAGUGUGGCAGAGGUGAAGGAGAAUGGGCAGCUUCCAUAUCCGUCCCUUGCUCCGGUGGUGUUCUUCUGGCUCCAUCAGAGCACACGACCCCGCAGCUGGUGCCUUGCACUCGUGUGCAGCCCAUAUCCUUUCAUUGUGCGCACUCUCGCUUAUUUACAAUUUAGGAUGGUUUAUUGACGUGGCAAAAAAUUGCAUUUGCAGAAUUGGUACUUACCAUGAAAAUAGUGGAAAACUUUA